CACCUUAAAAACCUACACAUGAGGUGGAAAAUGUUGUUCAAGUUGGGUCUUUCUGUAGUGGUCCUUGUGGCAGUGUACCUCUUCUUCGCCCUACAUAAUGAAGAUGACAGCAGCAGUACAUCACAAGUGAUCCCAGACCAGCAAACUGGUCAACAUGAAAAAGACAAUUUACAUCUGAACAAAGAAAGUGGAGGUGAUGUAGGCAGUACUGAUGACAAAUCUUUAAGGAGUGAUGCUUGGAGAAAUGGAAUACAUCUGUCUCUAGUUGCCUGUGGAGACCGAGAAAAGGAAUCUGUCAUUCUCCUAAAGUCAGCAGUCCUCUUUACAAAGACUCCUCUGGUUUUCCACAUAUUUGCUGAAUUACAACUACAAGAUUAUUUUAAACGACAGAUCGACUUUUGGCCAGAUGAGUUCCGGAUGAGAGUGGAAUAUCACAUCUAUAAUCUUAGCUUUCCAGAAGGGGAGGUAACCAAUGAAUGGAAAAAUCUCUUCAAACCAUGUGCAUCACAACGUCUCUUUAUACCGAGUCUGCUGACAGAUGUAGAUGCAUUGCUAUAUGUUGACACGGACAUCCUGUUUUUGCGACCGUUGGAGGACAUUUGGGCAUUUCUACACAAGUUCAAUCGUACACAGUUGGUAGCUCUCUCACCAGAACAUGAAGAUAGCCAGUCUAGCUGGUACCAUCGAUUUGCCAGACAUCCCUAUUAUGGAGAACAAGGUGUAAACUCUGGGGUGAUGCUGAUGAACCUGACACGAAUACGUCAGUCACAAUGGCUGGAGUCUUUGAAGCAAUACUACAAAGACUACAAACUUAAAAUCACCUGGGGGGACCAGGACCUUCUCAACAUCUACUUCCAUUACUAUCCAGAACAGUUGUAUGUUUACCCUUGUGAGUGGAAUUAUCGCCCGGAUCAUUGUAUGUAUAUGAGUGUGUGUAAAGGAGGGGAUAGAGACGGAGCCAGUGUUCUACAUGGCAACAGGCGGGUGAUGCACAACGAUAAACAGCCAGCUUUCAAAGCUGCCUAUGAUACCUUUGUAAAGCACCAGUUUGGCGCCGAUUUAAAGUAUGAAAUGCUUGUGGCCUUGAAGAGAGAACUGGAGAAAACGAAGUACACAGCGUGUGGAAAACUGCCUCAUAUAUUCUACAAACAGAUAGAAAAAUAUAUAGAUUCAUUAGAUAUAUAUAAAAAUAAUGAAAAGUAUGGUGGAUGAUGAACUCAGUGGUAGAAUAGUGCGUGAUUUUUGUAAAAACAAUUUCAAGCAAGUCCAGAAUAUUAAUGUGAGUUCCACAGGAAAGGCAUGAUUCCAGGACUCAAAUAUCUGAGUCCCAGAAACACAGCUAGUGUUACUAUUUUUACCAGUUAUAAGGACCAUUGUCUUGCGAUGACAGGUUGUAAACUAUAGAAUAUUUAUACAAAGAUUGUGAUUGUUCAGAAAGUUAUUUUGUGAUAAUGUUUUUAUGAAUAACGAUAAAUAUAUGCCAGGUAACAAGUUGAUACAUAUCUGUCACAAUAUGGUGGAAAUUUAGAUAACCAGAUCAGUAGUUGCCAUAUAUAUAAAGAAAUAAUGAAGCUCUACAUUUUGCAAAAAAAUUCUUUUGAUAUUCUUGAAAACUUCAUUCCAUCCAUUAAUUUUUAAAAACUCUUUCAUCAAUAUUUUAAGUAGUUUCUACAAGUUAACUGUUAGAGGUAAUUGAAUAACAGUUUAAUACUAAUUACUUUAUAAUGCAUAAAACAUCUUGGUCAACAACAGACCCAUUAUUUUUGUAAAAAAAAAAAUAAUUUUCUCUGAUUUAAGACAAAAGUAGAAGGUUGCAUUCUAUAUUUGAUAUUAAAAAUUCCCUUAUAUGCAUGAGUGAGAAAAUUGUGUUAUAUUGUAUUAAUGUAGAGAUACAGUAUUAGAAUGUCUGAAUGUAUGUCUUAGUAUUGAGGAAUAGUAUAUAACAUAGUGUCUGAAUGUUGAGGUACAUUUCUGUCUAUUAGAAGUGUCUGAAUGUUGAGGUACAUUUCUCUAUUAGAAGUGUCUGAAUGUUGAGGUACAUUUCUGUCUAUUAGAAGUGUCUGAAUGUUGAGGUACAUUUCUGUCUAUUAGAAGUGUCUGAAUGUUGAGGUACAUUUCUGUCUAUUAGAAGUGUCUGAAUGUUGAGGUACAUUUCUGCCUAUUAGAAGUGUCUGAAUGUUGAGGUACAUUUCUGUCUAUUAGAAGUGUCUGAAUGUUGAGGUACAUUUCUGUCUAUUAGAAAUGUCUGAAUGUUGAGGUACAUUUCUGUCUAUUAGAAGUGUCUGAAUGUUGAGGUACAUUUCUGUCUAUUAGAAGUGUCUGAAUGUUGACGUAGAAUAUGGAAAAAUUUGUCUGAAUGUGUAUAUGUAAGAAAUAUGUCUUAAGGUUACUGUAGUACAUAUGUAUAUACAUUGUACGUCAUUUACUGUAUAUAUGAAUGGUACUUCUAAUCUCUGUAAUGGUGCUAUAUAUAUAUAUAUUGCUUGGUCAUGCUUUAAUGAAUUUUGGGGCAAAAUCUUAGUGCUUUUUUGUUAACUUCU